CGCACACGCACACAAACACACACACACACACACGCAGGGUAAGCAGACACUCGGGUGUGAACGCGUCUCCCGCCGCCAUGAAGCUGCUGCUCCGGGUCUCCGCUCUGCUGCUGCUGCUCUCUGGAGGCUUCUGCCAAGAGCUGGACCUAGCUGAUGCCUUCGAUGAUCUCGCUCCGACGCCUGCGAAGCCCAAAGUGGACAAACCCAAAGAAGACGGAGGUGGCUUAGACUUUGGAUUUGAUCUGGAAGAGGCUCUGAAACCAGAUUCAGACUCCGACAAGAAGAAGCCGGCUGAUAAUCCGCCAAAGAGCGGAGGAGGUGGCUUGGAUCUGGAUCUGGGGGAUGCUCUGGGUGGAGACGAUGAUCCCAAACCGGACAGACCGGCCGUCAAGCCCCCGAAGAGCGGCGGAGAAGGCGGUGGAGGAACGAUAAGUGACUCCGACCUGUUCGACCUCACCGGUGGAGGCGGAGGCGGAGACGGACAGUACAAGCCUGACGGAGGCCGAGCAGGAGGUGGAGGCAGACACCCAGACUACGACUCCGGCUACGACCCUCGUGGUGGUGCUGAUCAGCCUCAAGAGGCGUCCUCGGGACCGAUCGCCGGGAUCGUGAGCGCGGUGGGCGUGGCUCUGCUGGGGGCGGCGUCCAGCUACUUCGCCUACCAGAAGAAGAAGCUGUGCUUCAAGCUGCAGGGAGGUGCAGAUCCAGAGAAAGGCCAGAGAGGAACCCACUCAGAACCCACUCAAGUUCUCAGCAACCUGCUGCAGUCCAACUAGAAGACUCCUCCCCCUCCUCCUCCUCCUCCUCCUCUUCCUCCUGCAGUUCAUUCAGUGUAAAUAUCCACCUGCCCGCUGCUCCCGGGUCCUCCCGGGUCCUCCCGGGUCCUCCCAGGUCCUCCCAGGUCCUCCCAGGUCCUCUCGGGUCCUCCCGGGUCCUCCCAGGUCCUCCCAGGUCCUCCCGGGUCCUCCCGGGUCCUCCCAGGUCCUCCCAGGUCCUCCCAGGUCCUCCCACUCUGUCCCGUGUCCAGAUGUUUGGGUUUACUUGGUCCAGGUGUCACAACACCUGGCAGCGCUUCAAUCAGCUCGUUAUAGAGAGACUUUGCGUGUAAGUAUCAGGUUGCUGGUUCGAAUCCAGCUGAAGGAGCUUUUCAAUGCUGAAAAAACAGGUUUACUCACCGGGUCAGCUCCAGGCCCCGUUUCCAUGACAACGGCAAAACAGAACUCUGUCGCCCAGUCACAUGACAGACUGCUUUGAAAAACACUCCGACUCCGUCUCCACGGCAACGGGCGAGGAAAGGAACACAGGCUGGAACACUAUCGGACGGCGUUGUCGUGGAAACGGGGCCUGUUUAGUUUCCCGGUUGUCCGCCCUCGGGGAUCUUCAGCAGUUAGCUAGCCAGAAGCUAACCGCUAAACGCUGCUUCUGCUUCCAGAGACAGGAAACACCGCGAGGCGCCCUGGCUGUGGCUUCCACACGGACAAUUUCAAUUGUUUAUGCUAACGCUGUUAGCUGGUUAAGCUAAUCAGCGAUCAGAAUAGCCAAAAAAUGAGACUUUUUUUACAUUUUAACAUUUUUUACCACAAAUUUCAAGAUGAAUGGUGGAAUCUCCACUUCUUCACAUGGUCUUGUGAAUGUUCACAAGACAAUCUCAUGAGAAUUUGAUUAUAAAAUAAGAACAAGAUUUUUUUAACUAUUUGUUAAAGUGGAAAGAAAGUAGAAGUAGUAGUAGUACCACCGGUCACCACAGGGCGGCGCAGUGAGUCGGUCAGUGGAAUGAAACUAAACUACAUCAAAGUGUUGAACAACAGAAACAAGCAGAUUUUAAAGAGACGUUUCUUUUUGUUUGAACAUAUUUUAUGAGAAUACGUUUUCUGGACGGAGUAUUCAGCGGGUUUUUUGUUUGUUUUUUUCUUUUUGAAGCGCACAGUGACUUUUGGCUGAAGUCAGACUUUGUUUCAAUCUUCUAUCCUGAUUCUGCUUCCUGCUUUCGGCGUUACGCUGCGGGAGAUUUGUUUGUUUGUUUUCCUUUAAUUACACGAUGCCGGAAUCAAUGAAUGUCUUUCUGUGAGUGGAUUUAAGAUGUGUUCAAUAAAGUGACGUUGUACAGUG